CUCAUCCGGAUGGAGGCGAGGUGGAGAUGGCUACUGAGACCUCAGCCGUUCCGGCAAUAAUUCCGGCUGAGGAUGCAUCCGGACCUAUGUGCCCGGACGAAAAUAUGGGGGCUCCGAUUCCGGGACACGAGCUACCCUCUCCUUCCUCAUCCGAGGAGGAAUCUGCUGAUGAUGCCGCUCCCGCUAGCCCUUUCAGCUACGCGGAGUUGGAAGCUAAGUUAAAGCAGAUUACUCCUGACUGGAAAGCCAUCAAGCCCUCUGCUAAGAUGUUUGAUAUGAUAGAAACGCUGGUGAGGGGCCUCCGCAGCAUGUCUCAACAACACGCUCUUUUUACUCAGCUGCUGCAGACCGCAGACUAUAUGAGGACCUUCUCCUCUCGGCACCAAGAGAUUGAAAAUCAACUGCGUCUGAGAAUGGAGGAGGCUGAGGCCAGUUUAUCCACCAUGCGAGAGGAAAAUGAAGCCCUCCGGGUGGAGUUGGCUGAGGCAAAGGGUCAAGAAGAAUCAACUGCGGGCCGCCUUCAUGAGGCGGAGGGUGAGGCAGCCUGGCUAAGGGAUGAAUUGAGUCGACUCCGGACAGAAGUUUUGAAUGAAAAGAAACAGAAGGAAGACUUGCAGCUGCGUCUGGAUGUGCAAAAAGAGGAACUUGAACGGGAGUUUGCUGUGGAAAGGGAGGAACUUGCAGCGGAUUACCAGAGACAAGUGGAUGAUACAUUUAUCUUUGGGUAUCGCUGCUGUAUGAAGAAGAACGGUAUAAAGCGAGAUACCCCUUCAAUUCCUCCAAGUGAAGAAAAGAAGCUCCAUGAGAAACCUGCUCCCUGAUAGUUUAUAUCUUCUUGCAAUUUUUCUGCUGUAAUUUUUCCUUCUGUAUAUUUUUGUGGUCCGGAUGUCUCUUUGUAAUUUACAUUUACUCAUAUCAAUAAAACUUACUUCUUUCUCA